GAGUUUCUGGCAGAAAGCAGGCGAGCCCGGGCCGGCGCGGGGCCUUGUGGGAGGGCUUAAGGAAGUAAAAUGGCGGACCUGGCGAACGAAGAAAAACCUGCCAUUGCUCCGCCCGUCUUUGUGUUUCAGAAGGAUAAAGGACAAAAGAGGCCAGCUGGAGGCUCCAGCCCCGAAGGUGGAGAAGAUUCCGACCGAGAAGAUGGAAAUUACUGCCCUCCCAUCAAGCGAGAAAGAACAUCCUCUUUAACCCAGUUCCCACCUUCACAGUCAGUAUCAAAAAACAAUGUUUUUAUGCCAUCAACCUUCUGCGAGCCAUCUGCAGGCAAUUCUGACUCAGAACCAGAGGAAAAGAGCAGUGGAUUCCGGUUGAAGCCACCAACAUUGAUCCACGGCCAGGCACCCAGUGCAGGUCUGCCGAGCCAGAAGCCCAAGGAGCAACAGCGGAGUGUGCUUCGCCCGGCAGUGUUACAAGCCCCACAGCCAAAGGCACUCUCACAGACCGUCCCGAGCAGCGGCACCAACGGGGUCAGUAUCCCGGCAGACUGCACGGGGGCCGUGACAGCGACAUCACCCGACAACCCCGCACGGAGAAGUCCCUCCGAUGAGGUGCGAGCACUUGAGGAGAAAGAGCCCCAGAAAAAUGAGUCUAGCGAUACUUGUGAGGAGGAAAACUGUGAGAAAAAAGAGCAAGUUGCACAGCAGGCGUUUGUGUUCGGGCAGAACCUGAGGGACAGAGUCAAGUUAACAAAUGAGAACACUGAAGUAGCUGACAUGGAGAAUGCUGGACACCCCAGUUCAGAAACGCCAACUGCGACCAACUAUUUCCUUCAGUAUAUCAGCUCCAGUUUAGACAACUCGACCAAUAGUGCCGACACCGCCAGCAACAAAUUCGUGUUUGGCCAGAACAUGAGCGAGCGUGUGCUGAGCCCACCCAAAUUAAAUGAAGUCAGUUCAGAUGCCACCAGGGAAAAUGCAGCUGUUGAGUCCGGGUCCGAGUCCUCAUCCCAGGAGGCCACCCCCGAGAAAGCUAAUAACAUUUCAGAGUCCCUGGCCGAGUCAGCAGCCGCCUACACCAAGGCAACAGCACGGAAGUGUUUGUUGGAAAAAGUGGAAGUCAUCACCGGGGAGGAGGCGGAGAGCAACGUGUUACAGAUCCAGUGUAAGCUGUUUGUCUUUGACAAGGCCUCGCAGUCGUGGGUGGAGAGAGGCCGGGGGCUGCUCAGGCUCAACGACAUGGCAUCGACUGAUGACGGGACGCUCCAGUCCCGACUAGUGAUGCGGACCCAGGGCAGCUUGCGACUGAUCCUCAACACCAAGCUCUGGGCCCAGAUGCAGAUCGACAAGGCCAGUGAAAAGAGCAUACGCAUCACAGCCAUGGACACUGAGGACCAGGGCGUGAAGGUUUUCCUGAUCUCAGAGGGCAGCAGCCACCCUGACCAAGAGAUCUUCCAACCCACCACUUCCCUCUGCCUGCCCCAGGCCAGUUCCAAGGACACGGGCCAGCUGUAUGCAGCCCUGCACCACCGCAUCCUGGCCCUGCGCAGCCGUGUGGAGCAGGAGCAGGAAGCCAAGAUGCCUGCCCCUGAACCUGGGGCAGCCCCGUCCAACGAGGACGACAGUGACGAGGACGUCCUGGCUCCAUCGGGGGCCACUGGAGGCGGUGCUGGCGAGGAAGGGGAGGGGCAGACGGCCGGAAGCACAUAGCGCCGGGAGCCGGCUGCCCACGAGCCUGCUGCUUUGUCCGUCUGUCUGCCCGCCUGCCCGCCCCGCUCCGCCAGCAGUGUGGAGGCGCGGGGCU